ACUUUUGUAUCGCACCUUGGAUUGAGCCACAAUGUCCAUAUCCAAGGAUGGCCUUUCGUUAAGAGAUCUCACCGAACUCGUCUCCUCCACCUCAUCGAGCAAGGUCUACCCAUCCGAAGAUGCGGUCGUACACGCUCUGCAUACGCGAUUCCGCGCCGACUUCCCCUAUACAAACCUCGGAUCAUCGUCACUUAUUGUCGUUAAUCCCUUCAAGGCCCUAGCGAGCUCGAGCGAUGCGACUGCAAAGGCCUAUGAGGAGAAGUCGUACAACAAUACGGAUGUGCAGGUGGACCAGAACCAGGUGCUCCAGCCCCAUAUGUAUGACAUGGCGGCAAGGAUGUACUUGAUGAUGAGAAGGCGAGAUGAGUCCCAGAGCGUUGUCUUCAGGGGAAUCACAGGUUCUGGGAAGUCGUUCGGUAGCAAGCUCCUCCUCAGACAGCUAUUACGGCUGUCCGCUCGAACAAAGAAGGAAUUACGGACAGUUGAACACAUAUUGGCCCUUGAAACCGUUCUCGAUGCCUUUGGAUGCUCGAAGACUAUCAACAAUCCCUCUGCUACCCGCUUCGGAAAGUACUUGGAAUUGCACUUCGGCGAGAACGGACGUGUAUCAGGAGCACAGGUUCUCACAUUCGGAUUGGACAAGUCCCGCCUCCUUCGGUUGACCCAUGAUGAACGGACCUAUCACGUCUUCUAUCAGCUCAUUGCCGGCGCCACGCCGGAAGAGCGAGACAGUCUGAACAUCGAGGAUCCAUCAUCAUAUGCCUUGCUCGCUUCCUCAGGUUGUUAUCGCCUCCCAAGCGGUCCCUUCAGCGACGAUGCUAUUGCGAUGGAAGACCUGCGCGCCGCUAUGACAUCGCUCGGCUUCAAGGCAAAACAUACAUCGGCCAUUUUCUCUCUCCUCAUUGCUAUCCUCCUCCUCGGCAACUUGCAUUUCCACGACAACGGAUCGAAGGAAGCUAAUUACGAAUCUGCGAGACUUGCUAAUCCGGCUGUUCUGGAUCAAGUUGCCCACCUCCUCGGUGUCUUUCCAGAAGAACUCGAGCAAGUUCUCACAAACAAAACGAAUUAUAUUCGCAAAGAGUUAUAUACUGUCCUUCUCACCGUCGAUGCGGCUGCGCAUCAACGCGAUCGCUUGGUGGCGGAUUUAUACUCCAUCCUUUUCGCGUAUGUUGUUGAGACAUCCAACCAAAAGGUGGCAUCUUCCCCAGACGGCCGCAACCCUCAUACGCAAAUCGUCCUCCUCGACACGCCAGGCUACCAGAGUCGGACACCAACCGGCUCCAUCAGUUCUGCUGGACCCGGACCCAACCCCCUUAUCUCCGUCAAUGGCCAAAACAGCUUCGACGAGUUCUGCGUUAACUUCACCAACGAAGUCGUACAGUCUUACGUCCUGCGCCGUGCCUUCGACGAUACUAUGGGCUACAACGCAGAGAUCACGGCGGAUGAGAUUGCGCUGCCAUCCAUCGCAACGAUGGACAACGGCGCCUGCAUUGAGAUGUUCCGUGGUGUUGUUAACGUCGAUGUGCCCCAAAGGAAGCCGGGCGGUAUGCUUGCAGUUUUGGCGAAAGAGUGUUCCAACGUCAGCAGAGGCAAAGCUAGCGAACACCCAGAUGAGGAACUCCUGCAGGAGCUCAUCAACAAAUUCGGGGUACAUGGAUCAUUUGUCACCCAUCCGGGACCGACGUCGCAGCCAUCUGACCGCAUGCUCUUCGGUAUCAAUCAUUACUCUGGCAUGUGCACCUACGACGUCAGCAGCUUCGUCGAGCGCGAGAGGGACCUUGUUGACUCCUCGAUCGUGAUGCUGCUGCGACGCUCGAACAACCCCUUCGUGGCCAAGCUUGUUUGUGGGCCAAGUCUAGCCACAGAAGUGCACCCAACCGAUGCAGACAUUGUUGUGCAAGCACAAGUCUCCUCCAGACCUCUGCGGGCACCCACAUCCAUCUUAGAUGCAUCUGGAAAUUUGCCGGAAGAACCGGAUCCUAAAAACGUCCUUGAUCCUCAAAAGCCCUGCCCUGUAACGACUCAGCUCAACUACACGCUCUCCGAGCUGCUGCAGAGCCUCGACCGGACGCGUUUAUGGAACUUCUACUGCAUUCGUCCAAAUGACUCUUGCUCACCAAAUUCGUUUGAUAAGCGUCGGGUCCGAUCUCAGGUGCGCAGCAUGCUCCUGGCAGAUCUCAUCGCGAGAAAGACGCCGGAGUACGUGGCAGAUUAUGACCAGGAAGAGUUCUGUAAUCGCUAUAUGCCAACGGCCGGUGGCUCUAUCGAAGAGAGGAUCAGCGCUUGCGCUCGACGCAACGUCUGGACUGAAGGGGUUGACUAUGCCGUUGGACGUAGCCGGGUCUGGCUCGCAUACGGUGCCUGGAAGAUGAUAGAAGACGCCGUCCGUGCGAUGGAGGCCGAUCCCGACAAGGGUGAUACUACCGUUGAAGACGACCAGAGCGCUGCGGGGACACAUCAAGAUCCAUUCCGUGAACGGCAGAGGACGGAGUCUGGCUGGAGAUACGAUGGAAGCACAGAUCAGCUUCUGGCUUCUCGGCCGUCUAUGGGUGCGCCUCGAGCACCUCCACCAGCUGCCCAAUAUGGCCAAGGCGGAAUCAACACACCUGUUUUCCAGAAUUCGGACGUAGAUUGGGCCAAGCCGCCACCCACGCCUGAGAUGUCUCCUCUUCCUGAGAAGCAAGAAUUCGAUGGCAUGAUCGUUAAUCAAGUCGGUAGCCAUGUGGAAGAGGUGCCUACCACCCGAGGAAGGCGCAAUUGGGUCCGAUUCGUGUGGGUCGUGACGUUUUUCGUACCCGAUUUCUUGCUGUCGUACCUCGGUGGGAUGAAGCGCGCUGAUGUUCGGCUGGCAUGGCGUGAAAAGGUUACUAUUUUCCUGCUGAUUAUCUUCAUGUGCGGCCUUGUCCUCUUCUACAUCAUUGUUUUCGGCAUUCUACUUUGCCCCGGCUACAACAAGGCAUGGAAUCCUCGGGAAUUGCUCCAGCACACCGCGACGAACAAUUAUUGGGUUGCGGUCCGUGGGAACGUUUAUGACCUCACCAAUUUCUAUCGUUCCCAGCAUAGCGACAUUUUGAACGAGCCUGUGACCCAGGAUGUAAUGAUGGAAGUUGCUGGCACAGACGUAUCUGAAUACUUCCCGGUGCCGCUCAAUACAGCUUGUUCAGGUCUCAUCACCGGUGCAAUACCAGUCUUAGCCUGGGCGAACUUCACUCCUGUCACAUCCACCGCUGUACAUUGGACCGGUUCGAGUCAGCCUGCCCAGAAUACGAAGUUGGACGACCCCAAUUGGUACUCUGACAGGUUCCUACCGUUCUUGACCGAUUUCUACAAGGGACCCUUAGUUUAUGAUCCAAAUCAGGACAUCCAACAAGGGGCGACCAAUGAUGGCAAGUUCUGGGCGAUCGUCAAUAAUAACGUGUACGAUUUGUCGGAUUAUUUCUUUACGAUCCAGCAAAACUCUGCCGCGAGCGGGGCGGGCGUGCCAAAUUAUGCAUUCUUAGACUCGGAUCUUACUGAUCUUUUCAAGCAACAGCCCGGCCAGGACAUAAGUAGCGGUUUCAACAAGGUUAUGGCUAGUCUCAGCGCCAGCGAUCAGACGGCCCAACUAGAUUGUCUUAACAAUGCUUUCUAUGUUGGCCAGACAGACUUCCGCUUGACGGCCCGGUGCCAAGUCCAGAACUACCUGCUUCUUACCGCUUCGAGUAUCAUCAUGGCCACCAUGUUGGCAAAAUUCCUGGCUGCUUUGCAGCUUGGUGGCAAGCGACAACCAGAGAUGCCUGAAAAAUUUGUGCUAUGCCAAGUUCCUUGUUACACGGAAGGAGAAGAGUCACUUCGCAGAACAAUUGAUUCCCUGGCUGCCCUUAACUACGAUGACAAGCGCAAGCUCCUCUUCAUCAUAUGUGACGGAAACAUCAUUGGAAGAGGCAAUGAUCGGACGACUCCCCGCAUCGUGCUGGAUAUUCUGGGUGUAGAUCCGAAGAUCGACCCGGAACCGCAGUUGUUCAAGUCCGUGGGUGAAGGCUCCAAGCAAUUCAAUUAUGCGAAAGUCUAUUCCGGCCUGUACGAAUUCGCUGGACACGUCGUUCCAUACAUGGUGGUUGCCAAAGUCGGCAAACCAAGUGAAAGAAGCAAGCCGGGCAACCGAGGCAAGCGGGACUCACAAGUCCUCUUGAUGCGCUUCCUCAAUCGAGUCCAUUUCGACGCACCAAUGUGUCCACUGGAACUGGAGAUGGCACAUCAGUUGAGAAAUGUCGUUGGCGUGGAUCCUUAUUUCUACGAAUAUGUUUUCAUGGUCGAUGCCGAUACUUCAGUGACCAAGGAUUCCCUUAGCCGCCUCGUCGCUUCCGCUGCAGAUGACUCGCGCAUCAUGGGCAUUUGUGGAGAAACCAAGCUGCACAAUGAGGAGGGUUCCUGGUGGACCAUGAUCCAAGUAUAUGAGUACUACAUUUCUCACCACUUGGCGAAGGCUUUCGAAUCGUUGUUUGGUUCCGUCACCUGUUUGCCCGGUUGCUUCAGCUUGUACCGUGUUCGCACCGCCGACAAGGGCAAGCCAAUCCUUAUCUCGCAUCGUAUUCUCGACGACUAUUCAGAAGGUGUUGUUGAUACCCUGCACAAGAAGAACCUGUUGUCGCUCGGAGAAGAUCGUUACCUCACGACCCUCCUAAUGAAGCACUUCCCAGUCUUCAGGAUGAAAUUCGCGCCAGACGCAAUAGCUCACACCGUCGCACCGGAUACCUGGGCAAUCCUGCUGUCGCAGCGUCGUCGUUGGAUCAACUCGACGGUCCAUAAUCUGGCCGAGUUGGUGUUCCUUCCCGAGCUCUGCGGAUUCUGCUGCUUCUCUAUGCGAUUUGUCGUCUUCCUCGAUCUGCUGUCUACACUCAUUUUACCUGCCACCGUGGUCUAUUUGGUCUACCUUAUUGUAACCGUGGCAACCGGCCAGGCUCCGAUUCCGAUCAUUUCCUUGGCGAUGAUUGCAGCAGUCUACGGUCUCCAGGCUAUCAUCUUCCUGCUCAAACGAGAAUUUAUGUUGAUCGGAUGGAUGGUCAUCUACAUUCUGGCCUACCCUGUGUACAGCUUCUUCCUUCCGCUGUACUCAUUCUGGUACAUGGACGAUUUCAGUUGGGGGAACACUAGGGUUGUUGUCGGUGAGGGCGCCAAUAAGAAGGUCAUGGUCGGAGACGACGAAAAAUUCGACGAUUCGAUGAUCCCGCUCAAGAAAUUCUCAGAGUACACGGCAGAGAACUGGGAUACCAGCUCACAUCAUUCUGCCGAGACAGGGAUUGCCAAGUCUAAGGUCGGUGCGCAAUCCCAAGUCGGCGGCACAGUCAAAGCCUAUCAGCAGUCAUCCGUGUCUGGUGACUUCUAUCGAGACACUAACGCUGCUAUGACUCCCUCCGCCUCGCAGGUGAACCUGGUUCCGCCACGUAUGCGGACAACGUCGACCUUCUCGCAGCUGACGCAGAACGCACCACCCCAGCUGCCGCAGCUUUUCCCUAUGCACACCGGCCCUGGGUCGGUUAUCGGCUCGGAACAUGGUUCCGGUAUCGGCUUUGGAUAUGGAGCAGCAGCCUUCCCGUCGUCCAUGUACAUGCCGACUGCGCCAAGAAACAGCGUCAUGACGAACCUCAACAAUUUUGGGGGAGGAAGUCCUUCGGUCUUUGGCGCAGGUCCGUCCAUGUCGAUGCUUGGUGGACCCCUGAGCGGGCCUCGACCCAUGUCGACCUUCUCCAUGGCAACCACUGCCAAUCCAUUCGCAUCUAGCCCAGGAAUGGUUGAACCGAACCCGAACCCCUCAGACGAACAGCUGCUGGACGUUCUGCGGUCGUACCUCGCCACGCAGGAUCUGAUGACAGUGACGAAGAAGACGGCGAGGGAUGCAGUUGCGGCGCAUUUCCCGCAGGCGGAUCUCGCACCGCGCAAGGACUUUUUGAACCAGUCGAUCGACCAGUUGCUGACUACAUGAACUCUUUCCCUGAACGUUAGACAUUUUCUCACGCGUAUUGAACUCCUACAAGGACUAUCUGGCAUAGGCUUCUCCGUCCUCCGAACUAUCGAACUAGAACCCCGUAGUAGCUUCUUAGGAAGCCGUAGCGUAACGUCUCCUUUUUCUUACCGUCUUGUUGACUCUUUGCAAUCCCCUCGAACUCGGUCUCUCCGCAUGCAAUCUGUAAU